AUGUCGUCACCAGCCGCCAUGGACCCCGCCGCGGCGGAGGCCGCUGCUGCUGCUGCUCAAGCAGCUAUGCAGUCAUUCACAAUAGAGGCGUGGACCCUAUUGAUAAUUGGCAUUCUUUUUACCAUGUUAAGGACCUACGCUAGGAUCAGGUCCGUAGGCUUCAAAGGUCUCCAAGCGGAUGACUAUCUUGUUUGGGUCGGUGCGAUAUUCUAUGCCAUUGAGACCGCGCUGGCGCAUUCUGUCGGGGCAGUCGCGAAGGGUAUGGCGAAUAAUGCCAUGACGGAUGAGCAACGAGCAGCUCUAUCCCCAGACAGCGAGGAGUAUCAACUGAGGGUGAUUGGUUCCAUUAUACAGCUGUGUGGAUGGUCAAGUUACUCGGUCUUAUUGUGGUCACUUAAGGCAUCAUUGCUGGUGUUCUACCUACGGCUGACUGCCGGCCUGGGUCGUGGCUACCGGCUUCGCAUCUACUUUGGUUUCGGGUUUCUAGCCGUCAGUUGGAUCGUAGUCAUCAUGAAUCUCUUCCUCGCUUGUCGCCCCUUUCACAAGAACUGGCAGAUCAAUCCUGACCCGGGGAACGUUUGCCAACCAGCCAUUUCCAACCAAGUUGUUUGGGUUUAUUUGGCUUUCAACGUGUCUACGGAUCUUUACCUCUUGUCUAUCCCUUUGCCGAUGCUGUGGCAAGCGAGGCUCAAACCUAUCAAGAAAUGGGGUUUGCUGUUUCUCUUUAGCGGUGGACUGUUUGUUGUUGUCUGCGCAACCCUGCGUUGUAUCUUGAUUGUCACAGACCCCCAGAACGGUGCACAGCUCGCCGGAUCAUGGGCUGUUCGUGAGACAUUCGUCGCCGUCAUCACCGCAAACUUGCCUAUGGUGUUCUCGAUCAUCAAGUUAUGGCUGGGGCCCGUCUUUGGCUCUCUUCUUACUUCGCUCCGAUCAUCCCAGAAGCUCACCGAUGCGACACCGAAAGAAAUACGCACUUUCGGGGCCGGUAGCAACCAAAGCUGGCGGGGUCGCGGACCCCCUUCAGCGUACCCAAUCACAAAUAUCACCUUCAACGAGAGUGAAGAGCGCAUGGUGAACGAGUACAAGAUGCAAGACGUCAAGACCUGGGGUGAUCCCCAUGCCGAUAGUAUUAGCGGAACUACGAGAUCGAAGAGCGUCCGGAGAAUCGCCAUGGACGAAUAUCACAUCAAACAUACGCCUUGGUACCAGGCCUCCGUUGAAGCCUUCAGCGCCAAAGCAGCCAAGAAAGACUUGGCCGGUGCACAGGACCCGAACACCACCUCGAACCCGGACAUGAUCGUGGCAGCUCGACUUCGGCCAAUUUUGGAGGACGAAGUGUCCGCAGGCCUUAUCCGUGGCGUCUUCCAGAGGCCCAGCGGUAACGGCGCCGUAGACAUCCACCAAAUCCGAAAGCACAUCAAGCCCCUGGGACCUCCCACGCUUACGACAACUUCAGUUCAGCUCGAUAAAGCCUAUGGCCCAGAUGAUACAUCCGAGCAGAUUUAUCGAGAUCUGGUUGAGCCUUUGGUUCCUUGGGCAUGGAGCGGCGGCGUCAGCACCGUGUUCGCCUAUGGCCAGACUGGCUCUGGCAAAACCUACACAGUCAGCGAGAUUGAACAGCUGGUCGCAAAGUCGCUCAUGGGCGGCGGUAUGGAGGGAGAGCGGAAAGUAUAUGCAUGCAUAAUUGAGCUGGCUGGCAACUCUUCUUUUGACCUCCUGAACUCUCGAAAACCAAUCUCCGUUUUGGAAGAUUCUUUCGGUGUCACACAGCUUGCCGGCGUCCUGGAACACGAAAUCACCGAAGCAGCCACCCUGCUUGAGCUCAUAGAAAGGGCAGCAACCUUCCGCCGUACAGCAUCAACGUUCAAGAAUGACGCAUCAUCUCGCUCUCACGCCAUUUGUCGCAUCCGUAUCGAAAGUCCUAUACCAACAGCCGAGGACGGACUCCUCUACCUUAUCGACCUGGCAGGCUCAGAAGCCGCCCGGGACAUUGCCAACCACACACCCGACCGCAUGAAAGAGGCCCGGGAGAUCAACACCAGCCUCUCGGUGCUGAAGGACUGUAUCAGGGGCAGAGCAACCGUCGACGUGGCUUCUCUGACGGGCAAGACAAAGAGCCCGACGUAUAUACCAUUCCGGCAGAGUUCCCUCACCAAGAUUCUGAAGCACGUCUUUGAUCCCGCGGGGAGACGUAGCUGCAAGACUGUCGUGCUUGCCUGUGUCAAUCCCAGUCUCCCAGAUACUGGCGCUGGCAAAAACACCUUGAAAUACGCCGAGAUGUUGCGGGUGUUGCUUCCCAAGGCCAAGGCUCAGUCCUAUGACCCCGAGACGCCUGCGACUUGGGACAAUGAACGGUUAAGGACCUGGAUCGAUACCAACUCUGGAAACCCUGCCAUUUCUGGCGAGCUGGUCGCGCCCACCGAGACUGGUUCGCUGCUGCUCCGCCUUCCGACGCCCGAAUUUCUCACCCGCUGCUUGAAGAGUCCAGGAGUUGAUGAAGAUCAAGCUCGUGCCUUUCAUGCCAAAUUUUGGCGUUUGCAUAUCGAUUCGCAAAAGUCGGGUGGGAAGAAGACGGAAAGCAAGAGCGAAGCGGAGCCUGUCGAGGGGAAGAGCCGUAAGACAGCCCUGAACCAGGAAAUGCUGUCCUCUAGCGUAGACCCGGACACCAAGGCAAAUGACGUCCCUUUCAAAGAGCGCAUACGACCUGGAAUGGUUGUGCGCUGGAGUCCACCUUCGACGUUUCCCAUGGGCCUUCCUGGGCUGAACAUGCUUGUCAUUCUUUGUCCUCAAUUGGCUGUCGGACCAACUGUGAGGGAUCUGACUGGUGACUUGGUCAACCGGUCAGGCUUUACUUCGACGAGGGGAACCAAGUUUCUCUGCGCAAUGGUCCUCCCUGGAUUCAUGGCUGAUUCAUAUGAGCUGAGCAUGUGGCGUCAGGUAGUGGUAGAUGUGGAACAGAUGGAAGCAGAGGUUCUUCUAGAAUAUGAUUCGGGAACUAGAUAUUAUCACAUUACCUUAUAA